AUGCUCUUUGCCUACAUUAUUUCAGAGCAUAAGAGCGCGUACAUCGCAGCAGUCGGCUCUGCACUACAAAUCUCUGGACUUGUUUUCGUGCCAUCAGUCGUCCUGUCUGUUGUCGUUGAUGCUUGGCCAGCGAGCGGUUCGGAGGCUGUUGUGCUCAUCAACGCUGGAAAGAAUGCGGUUGCGUUCGGUAUUACUCUUAGCACACCCAAGUGGCUGAUGAGCGAAGGGUUGGUGAAGAUGUUCUGGGAGAUGGCUGGAAUUCAAUGGGCUGUUCUGUUUUUGGGUAUUCCAUUGUACUUCCUCGGUCCUUGGUUGAGAAGGAAGACGAGCGUCUUUGUUUGA